AUGCUGCUUUGUAAAAAACUCAUCAAACCCACGGUCUUACGACGGUUUUCACUGAAUUCUAUCUCGCCCCAUACCACGAAAAGCCCUCCAAUAGAUUUUGAUGCAACUAAAUACAGAAAAUGGAUAGAUUUGAACUCUUCAAAAUCAAGUAACGGGACUAGUAACAAUAACAUAUCUGUCCUCAGUUAUAACCUUCUUUCGCAGCAUUACAUGUGGAAUCAGGUAUUUGGCUAUUUGAAUGAGGAUUACCUUGACUGGUAUGGAUACAGAUUCCCACUCAUCAACCAGAGUAUACAGCAAUUCGCGUGCGACAUAAUGUGCUUCCAAGAACUAGAAUGUAGAGUAUUCUAUGAACACUGGGCCGAGAAUAUUAUUCCGGGCAAGAACUACGAAUCACUCUAUUUAAGGAAACCAGAACCAACCUACUGGGGGGAUCAACCGUUGGAUUGUAUGGAUGGGGUUGCUAUCGCGGUAAACACCGAUCGGUUCGAGAUUUUGGAUAGUCAGGAAUUGAAUUAUGGGGAAUUUAUAAAAGAACACCCCGAUGAGUUCGACUUCACAGAAGAUUUACAAAACAGAGUAAUACCAAGAAAUACUGUUGCCUUAUUGGUGAAAUUACUUGAUAAGGAGACAAAUGAGAGGAUCUACGUUACAAAUACUCACUUGUAUUGGUCACCAAAAUUUAACGAUGUCAAAGUGCUCCAAACUAAGAUUCUACUUCUAGUAUUGCAGGAAUUUAUUGAACCGCAAGAUCUCAAAGCACCUAGAAUUAUAAUGUGCGGGGACUUUAACUCCACCCCAACUUCCAACGUGUAUAAAUUAUUGGAAACUGGUAAGCUAGAUACUACAUUGUCCGAAGAAUUUCUUCCUUAUAAUUACGGGUCCAGUAAGUUCUGCAAUCAACUGAUGGUGGAUGGGAUCAUAUACAACCCAUUCAACUUGGAGACUGCAUAUAGACCAAUCUUGGACGAUACCCUUGAGGAUGAUUACUUGCAAUUUACUAGCUAUACGAAGAGUCUAACGGCGAUUUUAGAUCAUAUUUGGUAUAGUACUAAGAACUUUGAGGUGGAAAGGAUAUUGGGAGAGGUCGACAAAAAGUAUUUGGACAGUUUGGAAAUAAAGGGAUUUCCAAAUAGCCAGUUUCCCUCGGAUCACAUACCAUUGGUUACAGAAAUUGGCUACAAGUAG